AUGGAUAGUCUAGGUGCUAUUGUUGUGUGUACUUAUUUAAGAAGCAGAGAUCUUUUCACUACUAAAUUUCGUCUUUUCUUAUACCAAGGUAAUAUUGCAAACUAUUUGAGCCUGGCAGAGGUUGAUUCCAUAUAUCUUCCGAUCCCUGUGAACUUCAUCUUUAUUGGAUUUGAUGGAAAUGGACGGCAUGAGUUUAAGUUGGGGCCUGAAGAACUGGAGCGCUGGUUUACAAAAAUAGAUCACAUAUUUGAGCACACAAGAAUCCCUCUAGUUGGUGAAGUUCUUACCCCGUUCUAUAAGACUACUGUUAAGAAACUUCAUCAUUAUGAUCUUCCUUUAAUCAGCCAUGUGAACCACAAUUUCUCUGUGCAUGCCAUACACAUGGGAGAAGAUGUCUUAUCUGUUUUUGAGCAUGCUAUAAAAGUUCUAUCCUGUAAAGAUGAUCUCGUGGAUUCCAGGUAUGUUGUUUCUGAAUACCCAUUGUUUCCAUUCUGUUCAUCCUCUGGUUCGGUACCAGACUGA